UGAAAUUUCAUCCGAAGCAGCUCCGUGGAGAAAGGCGGCGUAAACCGGGCUCGAAACGGCGGCGUUGCUGCUCCCAGUACAGUGUUUGCAGCUGAAGUUAGUACCGCUGGCGGAGUGAUAUAUUUGUUGGUUAUUUACAGUACGUUUUAUAGCACGCGUUCGUGGUAUACAAGAUCGCGUGAAGAGUUGAAUUUGUUAUCGCUCACAAAUUUCCGCGUUUAUCUCGUCUCUGUCAAACCCCGGCACUUCAACAAGACUAGAGUGAUUCAUGCGUACAGGUUUACCUCCUGAUACAAUUGAGGUGGCUCCACCGUAUCCAGUAGCUCCGCCCCUUUGUUCCCUUUUCUGAAUUCUGAUUGGAACAAUGGAACGUCAUUCCUGUCCAAACAAGUGACUGUGAAGACAAAGUCGCUCGGGUCUGGAAUGACACGAGGGAAGGAGAGUGCAGUGGUCCAGCCCUGUGGAUGCUGAAGGACCGCAUACCUCCAGCCCCCGAGACGAGAGUGCGUGUGUGUGUGAGCCAGAGAGCGCGAACGGGGCAAGACUGCUGGUUGCAUACUGUUCGCACCUCACUUACAACUUUAUAUAGACGCAGCUGGUGAAGAGAGGACUUUCGUUAAACUGCAGAUCAAAGUGUGGGACGCAGAAUUUAUUUGGAGUUGGCUUGUGGAGCUCUGGGUUAUGUUCAUGGGGCAGGGAGGUUAAACGCAGCGCUGGAACUGAAGACGGCCGCAAAUAAGCAAAUCCUUAGAGAAGGUUUUUAAGUCAUGAUGCAAGAGUCGGGGACAGAGGCGACAAACGGAACGGCCAAUCAGAACGGCGCCCCACCUAGUGUGGAGGGACACAGAGAAGUUCGAUCCAAGAGCGCCACUCCUUCCUCUGACAUCACAGCGUCUGACCUCGUCAAAUUCCAGCAGCAGCAGGCCUUACAGGUUGCACGACAGAUCCUUCUCCAACAGCAACAGCAAAGCAGUGCCCGCAAGUCCCCAAAAAACAAUGACAAGCAACCUGCACCACAGGUCCCAGUUUCUGUUGCUAUGAUGACACCACAGGUCAUAACUCCUCAGCAGAUGCAGCAAAUCCUCCAACACCAAGUUCUGAGCCCCCAGCAGCUCCAGCUGUUACUGCAGCAACAACAAGCACUGAUGUUACAGCAGCAGCAACUCCAGGAGUUCUACAAGAAACAGCAAGAACAACUCCACCUUCAGCUCAUCCAGCAGCAGCAUGGCAGCAAACAGCAGAGUAAAGAGGUGUCUGUGCAGCAGUUGGCGUUCCAGCAGCAGCUGCUCCAGGUUCAGCAGCUCCAGCAGCAGCAUCUCCUGAGCCUGCAGAGACAAGGGCUGCUGUCCAUUCAGCCCAACCAGACUCUGCCCCUGCACUCCCUCACUCAGGGCAUGAUUCCAGCCGAACUGCAGCAGCUGUGGAAGGAGGUGACAAACAGCCAUGUGAAGGAGGAGAACAGCGUGCCCAAUAACGGUCACCGGGGUCUGGACCUGUCGUCCCCUUCCCCCGUUCCCCUCAAAAACCACAACCAGCAUGGAUCCACCAACGGCCAGUACGUCAGCCACUCGCUCAAGAGAGAGGGAUCAACGUUGGAUGAUCAUUCUCCUCACAGUCACCCUCUCUACGGUCACGGCGUCUGCAAAUGGCCAGGGUGUGAAGCUGUGUUUGAAGACUUUCAGUCAUUCCUGAAACAUCUGAAUAAUGAACAUGCCUUGGAUGACAGGAGCACGGCGCAGUGCAGGGUACAGAUGCAAGUAGUUCAACAGCUGGAACUGCAGUUAGCAAAAGACAAAGAGCGUCUUCAAGCAAUGAUGACUCAUCUUCAUGUCAAGUCUACAGAGCCCAAACCCGCCCCACAGCCACUGAACCUGGUUUCUAACAUCACCCUGUCCAAGACGGCUCCCGAGGCCUCGCCGCCCCUCAGCUUACCCCAGACGCCCACCACCCCGACGGCCCCCCUCACGCCACUCUCACAAACCCACUCUGUUAUCACCCCCACCAGCCUGCACAGUGUCGGUCCCAUGCGCAGACGCUACUCGGACAAGUACAACAUGCCCAUAUCUCCAGAUAUUGUACAGAACAAAGAGUUCUACAUGAAUGCUGAAGUACGACCUCCUUUCACAUAUGCUUCGCUAAUACGACAGGCAAUACUAGAGUCGCCAGAAAAACAGCUAACACUAAACGAGAUCUACAACUGGUUCACGCGAAUGUUUGCAUAUUUCAGACGCAAUGCAGCAACAUGGAAGGGUGCUGUGCGCACCAAUCUCUCCCUGCAUAAAUGCUUUGUAAGAGUUGAGGAUGACUUUGGGUCCUUUUGGACCGUAGACGACGAAGAGUUUAAACGCGGCCGCCACAUACAACGAGGUCGCCCCAGGAAGCAUGCGGCCGACGAAUGCUGUGAUGAGCUGCUUGUACAAAGUCCAGCUCUAGUAAAGAACAUCCAUACCACUUUGGGAUAUGGUCCCGCUCUUUCUGCAGCCUUCCAGGCUUCAAUGGCAGAGAACAACAUACCUCUAUACACUACCGCUUCCAUCGGAAGUCCCACUCUUAACUCGCUUGCCAGCGCCAUCCGAGAGGAAAUGAAUGGGGCCAUGGACCACGGGAACAGCAACGGUAGUGACAGCAGCCCUGGACGCUCGCCCCUGCCAGCUAUGCAUCAUAUCAGCGUAAAAGAGGAGCCACUGGACCCCGAGGAGCAUGAAGGUCCCCUUUCCCUUGUGACCACAGCCAAUCACAGUCCAGACUUUGACCACAACAGAGAUUACGAGGACGACCACGUUCACGAGGACAUGCUGUAAGCCUGGUUUCUCCCAGGUCCUCUGCCUGAAGAGGCCAUACUAACUGCGGUCACCUGCAAGACCACUCCAGACAUAGCAAGCCCAAGACUGGAUUCACAAUCCUCUUGUUGACAGCUAUUAAAAUGUUCCAAUUUACUCUUAGUGCCAUUAAAUGCGAAACUAAAUACGAGAUAAAAAAAUCUAUUCCAUUUGGAAGUAUUUUUGAUUUGUUUCUACCUUUCGGUUUAAAGACGAGAUGCAUACAUUUCUACUCAUCUCCUGAAGAAGAGACGUUUGGUACUGGGGCCUGCUUCUACUUCCUUUUGGCGAAAGUGUCACUGAGACCAGAGCGGACAUGAACACACACAACUGAGAAAGACUCAUUGCCCUCUGAGUCAAAUAAACACUGAUCACGAACUCUCACACACACAAAUCAUUAGCGCUUCGAUGAGCGUGCCACUCACAGUGUGCGUGUACGUAUGUGACUUUAAUUCAUAGUCUCUGCCUUCAGAUCUUCUCAAGAGGACGGUUCACCCAAAAAUGAAAACUCUGUCAUCAUUUACUUACCCUUAUGUCCGAUCCCCUUUCAUGAAACACAAAAUGAUUCAAUUUGAAGAGUGUACUCGGUUCCUUUGAAAGCGAACGCUCUCUGAGAGUUUAUGAGUCUGCGGUGAGCAAAUCUUUACUGAAUCGGUUGAAAACAAAGCUGACUGAUUUUCAAGUUCAACUCACCGACUCACAGCUCAAACAAACGGAAGGAUUUCAGUGAAUGGUGGUUUAGAUUUGUUUGUUUUUUUACCCAAAUUUAUCUACAACUUCAGAAUACUUGGAAUAUAGGAAAACAACUCCACUCUGCAUUUAUUGUAAAUGCAUGAAAAAGAGCAGCUGGUGCACUCUUUAAAAUGUGUUUUUAAGGAUAAAAAGAAAGUCGUACAGCUUUUGAAAAACAUGCUUAUGACUAAAUGACAGAAUUUUCCUUUUAAGUGCACUAUUCCUUUAAAUCCGCUGUCAUCGCAGCUGGAGGAUAUCUGUCUGGUGUUUUGAGGGUUCCUGGGCAAAUAAUUUAAACGUGGUGUCCUCUCAUUACUCUGUGCUGUUAGCUAUAUAUCCUUUUUGCUGGGUUUGUUUGUUUUGGUAACUGAUCAGACCUCAUGAAUUAUGACGUGGAGUUAUGGUAUGCUUAGCACUGGAUGAAUGUUAAGGCUUCUCAUGCUCUCUUUUUUCCCCUCUUUCUUUCCUUUUGAAAUUGAAACAGAAUGUCGCAUUACCGUGUAGUAUUUUUCUGUCAUUUGUUCCUAGCGUUUUGGAUCGCCACUUUGCAGUCACAUUGCCCUUGCGUGCCGACACACACACACACAAUCUCUCUCUCUCUCUCUCUCUUUCUUUUCCCGCUCAUGAAGUCCAUCUGCAAAUGCACUACUCGUAAUGAAGGCUCCCUCUCCACGCACCAAUGAAGUUUAAUUUUCACGUGGAAUGAAUGACAGAGAAAUCAACGCAGGUUAACGUUUAUCGCUCUGAAAUUAUACUUUCAAAAAUCCCCUUUUGUGGUGAUGCAUGUUAGCGUCAACCAAAUCGCUGAUCGAAACCGUCAUCUGUAUUGCAAAAUGAAAUGUCAAAAAAUGUUGAAAUAAGCACCAGGGAGAGGAUUGUUAGACAAAAGCUAAUCGUGAUUCCUGAACGUUAUUGUCGGCAUGUAUGAAACUUUUUUUUUUUUGUUUGUUUGUUUGCCUUUUUAUUCAAUUCUGUCAUUUCAAAGACUGUCUGGAUGACUUUAAAUUGCAUUCCCUCUAGUUUCAAUAUCAGUUUCACCACAUCAAUGACCGGCUCAGCCUCUGUUAUUAGACAUGAUAUUAAUUCUAUAAGGGAUAAACGUUAAAUGGGUUAUGAACUGAGGCUGACGGCACAGCCAUGACCACUGAGCAUUACGGCGCUGGGACAGCCCACUCUGACCAUUCACUUCUUGCCACAUCGUAAUUGUUUCCACGCAGGCCAUUUGAACCCGAAAAGCAACUCCGAAUUGGAAGCUGCUGUCGCCGGCUUAGCUUAGAUUAAAAUUUUGGGAACAUACUUUAGAUUAGGCUUCUACAAAUCGAUUGCGUUUUGUUUUUCAAAUGACUGCAACCAACCACUUUCUGUGUUCUUAUUUAUUACUUCCAUUUUUAUUGUCAGAUUGUUUUUACUUAAGUUCAUGUUUAUGUCUCUUAUCUGUGACUACCAAAGAUACAAGAUACUACAAGUCGAGAUAUUCUAUGUUCCAUGCAAUAGGCCAAAUAUCCUUAUAGUGUUCCCCGCACUGGCCGGACACAAAAAUGAUGAAAUGUCUGAAACGGUGUCGGGCUUAUUAUGGUAAAAAAAAAAAAGGCCAAAGGGGUUGUUCGAUGGGCAGCUGUAUUUCUUUGCCUGUGACCAAGAUAGUAGAGGAGAGGCAGAGAUCGAGACCAACACACGACCAAAUCAAAGCAAUGUUGUCUCUGGGCCAAUGAAAAGGAAAAAGGGAGUGUUCUAUCAGGAAAUGAUGGCUAUAAAGGAGAAGGAUAUGGAUGAAAGAGUUUAGGACUGUGUUCACUGUCGUCACAGGAAAUUUAAAUCCAGGAGGGGGAAAACAUUUGCAUAACACAAUGUGAACUGAACUUUAAACUGGACCACACAAUGAUGAGAGUUUCAUUUGUUCUCAUACUUUAGAAUUUUUUUUUUUUUGCCAUUUUAUUCUUUUAAAAGAUUGUAUGCCACUUACCUUGUAAAUUCGAAACGGGAUUCCCGAUGUCCUUUUGUUAACCUUGGCAAUGCUCUAUGAUUGUGUUUUAGUGUCUGUCAACUUAUUACUUUUUUAUAUUAAAAAACACUCCUGUCAACCAAUAA